UUUGCCUUUUAUUUUUAUAUCCACGAAUAAAAUUAAGUUGUAACUUUUGUACUUUACUAAGACUCAUAUUCGCACACUUUAGUUUUUAACAUUAUUGUGCCUACGGUCAGAAUUUUUUAUUAAUGCACUUAAGGAAUUCCCGAAUACUUGCCGGUAGCGUAAUUUAAAAUUUUUUCCGAUAAUUUUUUUCUUUUUCCGCGCGGUCACACGACGAUCCAUUUUAAUGAUCCGCGCACUACUCGCGAUUGGGAGUAAUUGAAAGAUUGGUUAGCGUCGAGACAAUGUCACCGCUGUUGUAGGCGUGUGUACUCACUUAUGAAUGUAUGUCCAUGCGAAGGGUAGAUCUCUCCCCCCCCCACAGGUUCUCAACAGGAUGGUGGUACCAAAAUCGCUGGAGUAACCAGGUGAGUGAUACACAUAGCUUCAUAUAUAUAUGUCUACCAUUUAUUACCUACUCGCCAAUAAUUUCAUGCAUAGUUGUUAUCGCGCUAAUUGUUCAUUGAUUUCGGCAAAACGAGAGCAUCAAAUCAGGAAUAGGAAAACGGGUUUGCCUAUCUAACGUUUGUGGAAUUCUUUUGUGUUAAUUUUUGCUGUGAACAUUGUUAAUUUUGUUUUUCUUUCUAUUGAAUUCGCCAAAACAAUUCAAAAUAUUAACUCGAACAAGGGAAUUGAUGUUUUUUUUAUGCUCCUACAUAAGUAUGUAGUUAGGAGUAUGUAUUACAUAGGUAUGAGUUAUUGUAGUUUAAGCCCCCUUGAACUCAUUAUUUAAUUUUUAAAGCAGAUUUAUGAAUUAUGUGUGGAGUCCUUGUAUUUUAAGCCCGCCUGAAUUCAUUAUUUAAUUUUAGAGGCAGAGUUAAUCUAAGAAUUAAAAUCAAUUGUGAAAUAAAAUAAUGAAUUUUGGUUGAAAAAAAGAUGACUACGGAAAUCAUGAGGAGCUAAUUUCAUAAAACUUGGUGUAGGUGUUGCGCUUGCGCGCAAGAGGGGUGGAAGUAUGGACAGGGCGACAUGACAGGUUGACCAGACGAGACGGUGUGACUGACAUACGGACGAUAGUCAGGCUAAGGGGGCGUUGUAAGUUCAGAGGAGUCAGCACAACGCCCAUGGCUUCGCGUUAGUUGAACGCUGAUGAGGGUGGGUGGACUCCCCCUGACGUGACUGGACUGGCCUUCUUUUCUUUUUCAGUUUCUUUGCUUUGCUUUUUUUUAUCACUUCUUCUUUUAUCUCACCUAACUCGGCAUGACAACACUUUUUUGUUAGUGUAGCGUAGGCAAGGCGAGUGCAACAGACCCACCUCGGCCGAUGAGCUACGCCAGGUACCGCAAGCAUGCCGACUUGCAACUCGACCGUGCAAUAGCACUACAGCUACGUAACAAAUGUGAGCAUUGGAAUUCCAUAGUGCCAAUUAGUAUCAUAUUUUCUCAUUCACAGGCAAGACGCACUCCUUCGAAAUCUAUCGCUGCUUCUGCAGCAAUAAGUGUGGCUGUAAUAUAUUGCCAUUAGCUCCAGCUACAUGUAGAGCAUGUUAAACAUUUUUAUUUGUAUUUGUACGAGCAUCUGACAGCCCACUUGCGUACAUAAAUAGAAAAUACAAAACAUGAUGAGGAACUUGAAAAUGAAGAUGAUCAAGAGUACACAAAGGUGGAAACUGAGAACAUGAAGCUAAAGCAUCGAUUGGCAAUUCUGAAUAAGGCUAUUGUUGCAGAACAAAAUGCCGCAACCACUGCUGUUUUUGGUAAAUAUGUAGCAGCGGUACUGCCCACCGCCGUCGGUGCAAUGAUUACGAUAGCACAACAAACGCCAUCUCCUGGGCAUUCCCACAGCUUGCCGACACCAGCUAUUAUAUCACGUGUGAAUGCAACUGCGGCUAAAUUUGGUUGUUAUCAGUGCAAUAGUGCCAUGUCAUUGGCAAAAACACUAAAGUUCGGAACACAUUGAAAACGACGAGCUACGGGCCACAGCUUUGACUUUUUGAACGCUGCAGCGACAUAAUGAAUUUGUAUGAGUUUGACAUAAAA